AUGAGUCAGCCCAGAGUGAUGUUCCACACUCCAACAAGGGAGGAGGAGGACAAUAAAGCCCCUCAGCGCAGGCUUGGGAAGCUGACUGUCAAAUACGACCGUAAGGACCAGCAGCGGAGGCUGGACAUCGAGGAAUGGAUUGAUAGUCAGUUGCAUCUGCUGUUUGACUGCGAGGAAGAUGACAUUCCUCAGCUGGAGAUUGACAUUGAUGAACUGUUGGAACUGUCAGACUGUGAGCAGAGAUCAGAACUGCAGGUGGACUUUCUCUGCGAUUGUGGCAAACCUAAUGAGGACUUUAUUGAUGGAUUGCUAUAUCGUAUAAAAGGACUUCGCAUCAUAUCAUCACUUUAAGAAAAUGAAUUCAAGGACCUACAGAAGCUUUUAUGGACUAAUGUGAAAGAAUAUAGCCCAGUUCACUCUUUAAAAUGAAGGUUGCAUCACAAAGGGUUUCAUAUAGCCCCUUUCCCACAUAUAUAGUUGCGGUGUUUUCCCCUUAGUAACCUUCUCGAUGAGAACUCAAGAGGAAUGGCACACCCAAGGACACUUUUACCUCUUGCAUUUGCCAGGGUUCCCAAUGUCAUGGAACACCUGGAAAUAUCAGGAAAUUUUAAAAUGGUGAUUUCCAGAUCUGGAAAACUCAUGGAAAAAUCAUGAAAUAUUUUUUAUAGAAUACCUGACCAAUAGAGACAACAACGUUCCACUAAUCCCCGCCCAUUUUAGGAUUCACUUUUUCAGGCUAAUUGUCAUUUACCCGCUUAUUUCAGUGAUGUGUGUCUCUCUUUACUAAUUUUCAUGUAACCUACUUUAGGAUGUAAAAUUAGCUUUUACAGUUAAGUUUAGCAUGCCAGGAUAGUGCACCUUUAACAAUGCCUUGCUCAGCAUGGCAAGGUAUGAAAAAUGGCUGGCAAAGUAUCGGGAUCCUACGGUGGGUACGGGAAGGGACCGAUUAGAUUCACUUAGAUUUGUCUUACCACAUUAUAGUAACUUGUGGGAAUGUGAUAAUAUGUUGUGGCCUAAUGUGAUAAUCUCGUUCCCUAGACAAAAUAUUUUUUUGUUGAUGUAAAGGGCUAAAAAAGACCUAUAUGAAGUCAGCUAAAGAUAGUUUAAGGCUCGAUAUUCGUUGGAUAUUCUUCCCACGCUCUCUGAAGGCGACAAAAAUAUCGUUUGAACAGUUGGCCUAAAGGGUAUAUAACUGUACUACAAGGGCCAUAAAGCACUGUACACAGAACAGUCAUCACUUGGUGUGGCUGCAGAAUUAUGACUGAACGUGCACCGAUGUGCUUUCAUUGCCUAGCAUACGCAAGGGACCAUCUGAAAAUUCCACCCACUAUGCUGUUAACAUGCAAGAUAACAUAAAAAACCCAGUAAAAGUGCAGUAUUUUCACAUUUCAAAGGUUGUAGUAAGUUGCCAGUGGAUAGACUAAUUUGCUACAGGUAAGAUUAUUAAAGUAAGUGUCACAUCAUCUGCUGUCUCUUCUCCUAGCCAGUUCACACAAUCCUCAUACCCUGAAUACUAACCCCUCACUGGACUACAACCCCCAUCAUGCAUUGCCUCCUCCCAUUAUCUCUCACACCUUUUCAUUAUUACUCAUUAUCUGUGUAUUUAAGCCCUGGAGUUCUAUCAUUCUGUGCGAAGUCUUGCCAGUUCUUUCUCGAUUCUUGAGAAACACUGUUGAUAUUCGAACUCAGCUGCCAAAACAAACACACCCCUCCCUUCAGUGCUCCUUUGGAAGCUCUGCCCCCCACAUUCAUGCAGGCAAAUUAAUUCCUUUUACCUUUCGGAGGUCUCUCCACCACUGAAAGGCCUCACCAAAGUUGACGUGGCUCCUAGCCCUCGACUUGUCAUAAUUCUUUUUUAGUUUAUAUUCGUCUGACCUUUUUAUCUUGGUCUGUUUCUCAGCCAUUUGUCCUCCUUGGAGUUUAGAAAGUUUGCAUCAGCCAGAUUUGCCGUCGCUCUUAUAGAGCUUGGGAAACUACGUCACUUCGCAUUGCAUUCUGGGUAGUUGCCGCCAUGUUUUAAGACAUGCUCAUCAGUUAUCAGCGAUAAUAAACAGAAAAAAAACCAAUAAUGGACCAAACGAAGACCAAGUGCAAGAUUCUAUAUAGAGAAAAGCUCAACAUGGAAGCAAAGUUGUGGUAAUCAACGGGCUCGAUCCGUACGAAGAGUGGUCCGAUGAUCUUAACGAGGUACCGCAUGGCAGAUUCAGCCUCAGGCGCAUCAGAGUUGAGAGGAGCAUCUGAAAAGGUGAAAGUUUUCUGCAGGUCUGUGGCAGGCAGGGAAGAAGCUGUGUCAGCACACCCAUCAGAACCGCAAAACAUGGAAGCCCAGUGUAGUACCUGACCUUCACGUCAUCUUUUUAAAAAAUACUCAUCCAUCUUCUUUUGAGAGAGUCUCCUGUUCUCCUUAAACAAGUGGUUAAUUUCGGCACGCCUGCAGCUACAAAAAAUACAUUUUUCUGCAGUGUUGUCUUUUGAACCAGUGUCAUCAAUCUGUGAAGCACCAUCUGGUGUUGCAGCUUCAUCCAUCUCUGGUCAGCUAGAUCAAGUGGUGCAGGUGCGGCGUUAGUCCCUGUGACAGCUUGCUGUCUCUGUGUUCUCCGGUUAAACCGCCCAGAGUGCGUUGCUUUAACUUCUGUGUGCCCGAGAUGUAAUGAUGGCACCCAGUCAGGAUCACACUAUAGCAUUUCAUAGGCUGGUUUGCCUAAAAAGAAAAGGCUGAAUUUAUUUGAUUAGUUAUGUAGCUAUGCAGCCAGUUACUAGUGCAAAGUUAGCGGUGUAGCAACAACUCUAGGCCAUGUUCGCAUUGCUAGCGGUAACAACAAAAACAGUUAUAUGUGCUCUGAUUAUAUCUUACCUUUGUGAAAAUGCCGUGAACAAACAAACAUGUGGGAAAUGUUGAAGGUGAUGUUUUUCCGUCUUACUGCUGCUACCCAUGCCAUGCGACGCUGCUUUGUUAACUCAGAGACCUGAGUUCCAACGUGUUUGUUUCCAGGCAGGAAAGCUGAAAAAUCGCACUCCAUUUGAAAUACGGUUUUCAUGCCGGUCGUGAGUGCGAUUAUGGCAGUUAAUUACAAAAGCAUUCACCAUUGUUACGUAUUUUUAUCUGUAUAAUACAAACUAUACCGUCUAUUUCCAAUACAACAACAGUAUCCACCACAGCUUCUGUGUCCUAAAGUCCCAACAUGCAUUGCGUUGCUGACGUCACGUUCCCAGAACCUACAAUGAUUUCCCUCUCGCUCUGCCCCCACCCCCCAUCCUGUGCACAUGCAAAAACCACCCCCUGUUGCUGAUUGGCUGGAGUAGUGUUGUGUGGAUUGGUCUGAUCCACUUUUUGUCCCAUUUAUAGAGCCAGGGCUGUGUACAAAUACUAGAUUUUUUUUCAGCCCACCCACAGAACGGACAGCUAGCAGACUGUGAGGAUAUAUUGCAGAAUUUGACAACUGUAUUGGAUUAGAAUUACCGAGUGCACCUUUAACAAACACUAUAUAUAAAAACAUUAAACUCAAACCAAACUUAAAGGAGAUCUUGUGCAGCUGGA